UAGUUAUAAAAUCGGUAUACAAGCACACACAAACUCAGUUGCUUGUUCAUGUUCAUCAACGUUGGAACAUAAUAGAAUAAUAAUUCCGUUGGAGUGUUUCAUUCUUUGUGUGAUAUAAAAAUAAUUCAGUUUUUAGUUCGAAAAUUAUAAUUACCUGCAGUUCUUUCACAAUGGCAUCACCGUCAGCAAAUCCAACAUUUAAACUAAGCUAUUUCAACAUCAAAGGUCUAGGCGAACCCAUACGAUUUCUCUUUGCGUAUGGUGGACAGAAUUAUGAAGAUAACAGAGUGUCCCAUGAAGAUUGGCCAGCCAUAAAAUCAACAACUCCAAUGGGUCAAAUGCCUGUCUUGGAAGUGGAUGGAAACGUAGUUCACCAAACCGUGGCCAUUUUGAGAUAUUUAGCCAGACGCUUCGGUUUGGCUGGAGGAAGUGAUUGGGAAUCGCUCUUAAUCGACACUGUUGCCGAUACGAUCACAGACUUCCGACAAAAGCUUUCAGCACCUUUUUAUGAAACAGAUGAGGCUGUGAAGGCUAAGAAGAAGGCAAAUAUCCUUGCUGAAAUUGUUCCAUUUUUUCUAGGAAAACUGGAAGAAAUUGCUAAAGAAAAUGACGGUCACUUAGCAUUAUCCAAGUUAACUUGGGCUGAUUUAUACUUUGCCUCAUUGCAUGAUAUGUUGGAGUACAUGAUUCAAAAGAAUUUCUUGGAGAAAUAUCCUUACCUAAGAAAGGUGGUUGAUAAUGUCUAUGCGGUUGACUCAAUAAAAUCGUGGAUUGCAAAGCGACCAGUUUCGGACAUUCACACAUUUUGGAAUAUUUUGUGUUUAGAAGUCCAUAUAUGGUUCGGAAAAAUAUUAAAAUCAAGAGUCACUGUUCAAUAUCCCCAUUUAACUUUCCUUUUGUUUGGAAUAAACAAACGUCCAGUUGAAGUAUAUAAAAAGAGAAUAAAUCGGACCGCAGUUUAUUUACUGUUUGAUUCUCCGGACUCACUAAUAGGAUUGGCAGAGCCAAUUCGCUUUAUUUUGGCUUAUGUUGGACAAGAGUAUGAGGAUAUUAGGGUACCGCAAGAAGAUUGGCCUGCAAUUAAACCAACUACACCAUUUGGAAAUAUGCCAAUUUUGGAAGUAGACGGUCAAGCUGCGGGACAGAGUAUGGCAAUUUUAAGGUAUUUGGGUAAACGCUUCGGACUUACGGGCUCGAAUGCUUGGGAAGAAUUGUUGGUGGAUGGAGUAGCUGACACUUUUGCUGAUUUUCGUCAAAAGUUAAUUGCUCCGUGGCAGGAAACCAAUGAAGAAGUAAAAGCAAAGAAAAAAGCCACCCUCGAGUCUGAGACGAUUCCAUUUUAUUUGGCGAAAUUGGAAAAUUGUGCUAAGCAAAAUAAUGGUCAUUUGGCACUGUCGAAGUUGACUUAUGCUGACUUCUAUUUUGCAUCGAUGAUAGAAUCGCUGUAUGUGAUGAUAAAACCAGAUUUUUUGGACCAAUAUCCAAAUCUAAAAAAAGUUGUCGAGAAUGUACGCUCAAUCGAAUCCAUAAAAGCUUGGAUUGCUAAGAGGCCAGUGACUGAAUUUUAAUUUAAUUACUUUUAAAUCCAUGGAACCACAAGAUUUAAAUAAAUGUUUUUUAA